AGCAGAGCCUCCAUUUCCCCUCAAAUGGAACUCUAUCGAAUUGCGACGCUUAUAAAUCCCAAAACUCAUAAAUCUACUCAUUUCGGAGCAGCUAGAAGACAAACCAUUGGUUCAUAUUCUUCAUUCAAGAAAUCCUUCAGUUCACAGGCUUGGCUUUCGAGUCCCAAAGCCAGCAGUUAUGCCAAUCUGGAAGCCAUCAUCCCAACCAUGUCAGAGAUAAUGGAGUCAUCAAGAGCACAGAAUCUUGAUCUGCAGCUCCAAACCCUAGGACCCUUUUUCAGAAUAACAGCCAGGAAUCUGACAACCAAGAAUGAGCUUGGGAGGGCUGAAGGGUUAACUAGGGUGUGGUUUGGAGGGAAAAUCCUCCAUCUGGACUCCAUUAAGCUCAACAGAGAGACACUGGGGAUGGAAAAAUCCAUAUUUGGGAUUGGUGUUUUUAUUGGAGCAGUGGCAAUUAGGCAUGGAUAUGACUGUGGCUGUACCAAAGCAGAGUUGCUUGCCAUUAAUGACACUGAUCUUUAUCACUCCAAGCUGGUGAGGUUCUACAGAAGAAUUGGGUUCAAGGUGGUGCAGGAAGUGAAAGGUGAGUCGCUUGGAGAUAUAGGGCACAUGCUGAUUUGGGGAGGUAUUGGAACAAGAAUGGAUGCCAAUGUUGAAGAUCUCCUCAUCAAAUGGUGUGCCAGGUUUAAACCAUCUAGCAGUGAUAGGAGUGCAGUCAGGACAAGACAACAAUUUUGAUAAAUCUCCCACGAGUAAGAGUCAAACUUUGCAGGUACGAUUCAGACCUACAGAAUACAAUGCCAAAAUUCCAACUUGAGAAGAGGUCACAACACUUCUUGCACUAUUCGAUAACAAAACAGAGUACAUAUAAACACAUUUAGGCUAUGUAGUGUAUGUUGCAGUGCCAUCUACAAAUAUUACAAUCUGCAUAUGUAUAUAUUCUGAUCCUGGAUAGGAAACCAGACAUGAUUAUAACAGGUUCUCAUGCAUAGUUCUAAGUGAA